GGCGGUGGCGGCGAGGGUUCCGGGGCCGGUAGUGCAGGCGGAGGUGUGCAGGCGGGUUCGGGGAGUGCUCCAGCUGGCGGCGCGGGGCAGCACGGCAACAGCGGCGGCAGCAGUCCGAUUGUUGCGGUGGGCGAGGCGAGGAGCGAGGCGGAGGCGGUGACGGCGUUGGCGCUGUCAACGGUGGCGGGGCCAGGCGACCCUCUGUGGCUGCUGGUGGGACAUGCCUCCGGCUCCCUGGCCGCCUGGGACCUGCAGCGCCGCCCGCCCCGACUGGUGGCGCUGGUGGCGGGGCAGCACGGGCUGCCGGUCACCCACGUGAGCUUCUUCCCGGGUCGCGGCGCCUCCCACGUCCUCUCCGCCGACCGCCGCGGCCGCCUGCUGCUGCACUCCUUCACACACAUCGUACUCAAGACCGCCGUCGCCAGCCGGGUGGUCAUGGACGGCAGUCUAGGGCCGCUGGGGGCCAUCGUGCACCUGCAGCCCUUCUUCACGGCCAUGCCGCCGCCGUCGUCCCA